AUGGAUCAGCAUAACUCUUCUGAUUCUUUGCCAGAUAUAGAAAGAAUUCCAGAUACUCAUUUCAAAAGCAAACGACAAAUUGUGUUCGAGAGAAAUGCUAAGUCAGGUAUUCUUGGACUAUUGCUAAUAUGGAGUUGUAUUAUAUUGAUAAGAACUAUAUCUCAAGUCACUCACCCAUACGGAAACAGUAAUAAUGUAGGAUUCCAAUUACCCAUUGGCAAUGUAACAAAACAGGGUUUAUUGAAAGUUUCCAUGGAAAAUAUUAGAAACGGUACGUUUCAGCCACAAAUGCAUUCCUUGAACUGGUUCCAUUACGCAGAUACAGACAAUGAGGAUAGGGGAUUUUAUACUACUUCAAUGAAUGAUAGCUACGUUGUCAAGUCUGUUACAGACCAAGAUUUUGCGGAAGUCUUAUUCCAUGGAAGAUACUUCACUCACGAUGGUAAGAAUUUUACUGUUGACGAAAUAAUCCCCUCUCCAGAUGUGAAGCAAUUACUUAUUCGUACUCAAACUGUUAAGAACUGGAGGCAUUCUGUAUUUGGUUCCUACUUUGUUUUCAAGAUAGAGGAAUUAUCGUUUGUGCAUGUAGGUGACGAUAUUGCAUUAGCUAAAUGGUCCCCUGAUGCGGACAAUAUUGCCUUUGUGCAAAAUAAUGACAUUUACAUAUACUCGACAAAAACAGCAUCACAAUUGAGAAGGAUCACCAAUGAUGGUAGUGCCGAAGUUUUCAAUGGAAAACCAGAUUGGGUUUAUGAGGAAGAGGUUUUAAGCUCGGAUACAGCAUUGUGGUGGUCGCCAAACGCUCGCUUCAUUUCUUUUAUAAAGAUUGACGAAACUCAUGUCCGUGAGUUCAAUAUCCCAUAUUAUGUUCAACAUGAAAACGAUAUAUAUCCUGAGAUGCGUUCAAUAAAAUACCCAAAAAGUGGCACACCAAACCCUGAAGUUGACUUAUUCGUUUAUGAUACGAAAGAGGACUCCACAUAUGAAUCUAAAAUUUCAAAUUUUUAUGAAAACCCAGAUUUUCUUCUAACUGAAGUUACCUGGAUCGAUGGCUUCAAUCUUAUAGUCAAAACUAGUGAUCGCUCAUCAGAUUGUUUGAAAGUAGUAGCUAUUAACUUGUCUACGAAGGAAACAACAAUUUCAAGAGAGGAAUCUUCAGAAGGUGGAUGGUGGGAAAUCACUCAGAAUACGACUCCACUAUUAUUGAACAGGUCAGCAACGAAGCAAGAAAGUGGGUAUAUAGAUAUUAUUCCAAUUGCUGGAUUCAAUCAUUUAGUAUAUUAUCCUGUCAAAAAUUCAUCAGGAUAUAUUAAGCUGACCAAAGGAGACUGGGAGGUUAUUGAUGGUCCAUCUGCGGUUGAUAAGGAAUAUGGCAGAAUAUACUUUAUUGCUACAAGAAAGUCAUCUACCGAGAGACACCUCUACUACGUGAACGUGAACAACUUGGGCGAAAUCGUUGAAGUCACAGACACAUCUAAGCCAGGCCUUUACAAGGCAACUUUCUCUUCAAGUGCAAGAUUUGCCCUGUUAUCAUACAAUGGACCGGAUGUUCCAUACCAGAAGAUCAUAGAUCUACGGUCAUAUUAUACAGACAGUGAAGUCGAAGGCAAUGUUAUUGGUAAGACACUGUACUACCUCGAGAAAAAUGUAAAAUUGAGAGAAAUGCUAUCUCAAUAUGACAUUCCUGAAAAAUCAUUUCAACAACUUGACCUUGGACAGGAUGAAAGCGGAAAUACCAUAUUGGUCAACUCUUAUGAAAUAUUACCAAAUGAUUUUGAUCCAAAGAAAAAAAAUUACUAUCCUGUGUUUUUCUACGCUUAUGGUGGUCCAAAUUCGCAGCAAGUUUUGAAGAGUUUCUCUAUAGGGUUCAAUGAAGCAAUUGCGUCCCAAUUGAAUGCUAUUGUCGUUGUCGUUGACGGCCGCGGAACGGGUUUUAAAGGAAAAGCAUUUAGAUCUUUACUUCGUGACAGAUUGGGCAAAUAUGAGGCUCUAGACCAAAUUUCGGCUGCUUCUUUUUAUGGAGCAAAAUCCUACGUUGACGAAGAAAAGAUAUCCUUGUUUGGGUGGUCAUAUGGUGGCUAUUUGACUUUAAAAACACUGGAAAGGGACUCCGGUAAACACUUCAAGUAUGGUUUAUCAGUGGCACCUGUAACAGAUUGGAGGUUAUAUGAUUCUAUUUACACAGAAAGGUAUAUGCAUACUCCUCAGGAAAAUGCUGCUGGCUACGAGGAAUCAAGCGUCCACAACAUAACGUCUUUCAAUGAUGUUAACCGCUUUCUGCUCAUUCAUGGUACUGGCGAUGACAACGUACAUUUCCAAAACUCUUUGAAGUUUCUAGACUUGCUGAACCUGAAUUCUGUUAAGAACUACGAUGUUCAUAUCUUCCCAGAUUCGGACCACGCUAUCAGAUACCAUAAUGCCGGCACCAUGGUCUACGAUAAAUUAUUUGAAUGGACUAAGCAUGCUUUUACUGGCAAGUUCAUCAAAUAG